AUGGACGCUGUUAGGCUCAACGAACUUCUGAAGAGUCAAGAAGAGUUAGGAGGAGGACUUAAGACCUUGUUGACGAAUAUGAAAAAGGAUUCGGCAAGCAGGAAAACGCAUAAGUACAUCAUGGACAAGAGGACGGUGCUUAACGGAAUGAAAACGCAAAUUGAGGAAAACCACGCACAACUUGAACCGGAAGAGCGGUUAGCCACCCACACCUACAUGACCAGCUACUACGGUAGUCUCCAAACCAUUUAUGAAGAAGCCACAGCAUACUUAGACAAGUGUGAAGAAGCGUUGAUGAAAGAUAGCCAAGGUGGGUCUACAGAAUCCAAGUUUGUAGACUGCCAGGAAGUUUCGCCAAAAUUAGGGAUACAGAAGUGGCGCAUAUCUCAACUCGUCAAGAAGUUAGCCGCAGCCAGGCAAGCCAUUACUGAGAACAAGCCAAUCUGGUUCCUGCAAACAACUCUCCAAGCCAUCCAGAAACAGUGGGAAACUGUAGAAGAGGAGCAUUUGGGAUUAUGCGUAGAAGAAAAUUCAUUUAGUGACGAAUACUUUACGAAAGAGGGUUUUGAAGGAUGUCAAAAAGAUGUUGAAGACACGUCAUACCAAUUACAAGCUAGAAUUAACGAGUCAGCCGAGAGUGCCAUUUCACGUAGUUCCACCGAACCCAGAAAACGGGCUAACUUGCCAAAAAUCACCAUCCCGAUAUUCACGGGGAGUACGAGUCCUGGUAACGGUAUCAAGCUCAGGUCCGAUGAGAUGAGAAACCAAAGAGGAUUGAGAUUUCAACCCCAAUAUAGAGAGGGUCAGAAUAAGGAUAGGCGCGUUCAAAGGAUGACUACUCACACAGCCACAACUGCAGAGGAUUCAAAGAAGACAACGUUGUUAGCUACGGCGUUAGUAGAGACCUCGACAUACUACGGUGAACCACGGUUGCUAAGGGUUUUGUGUGAUCAAGGGUCAGAAGCGUCAUUUUGUACAGAAGAAGUGGCGCAGAUGUUAUCGUACCCAAGACAAAAAAUAUACACCCAGGUCAAAGGAAUCGGGGACGAGCAGCCAAAAGAGUCUAAACAUUGUAUUACGAUUACAAUAAAACCACGGUUUCCAAGCCAAUAUAAACUGCCGGUAACACUCAUAGUGUUGCCAAAAUUAACCUCCGUAUUACCAAGACAGGAUAUUCCACAAGUAAACUCUAAGAAAAUAGAGAACAAGGUCAUAGCCGAUCCCACAUAUUACAAGAAAGGCCCAAUUGAUGUAAUUUUAGGAGCGCAAGAGUACAGCCAGUUCCUGCGAGAAGGAUUUGAAAAGGUAGAAACAAACAUGAUAGCACAGGAAACGGAAUUUGGGUGGAUAUUAUCAGGCUGGCGGAUAACCAACAUAGUAAAUCCCAUGAAAGUGUUAUGCAUGACAUCGUUUAAUGAGGAAAUCAAACAAUUAACGGAUUUUUGGGAGCUUGAAGAGGUCCCGAGAAAUAUUGAAUUGAAGGAAGAAGAUCGAAUUUGUGAGGAAUAUUUCAGUAAAAGCACUGUAAGAGGGAAAGAUGGAGCAUAUACGGUCCGCAUUCCGUUGAAGAAUCCAAACCUUGAGUACGGGGAAACGCGUAAUAAAGCUGCGGCACGACUAUUCCAACUAGAAAAGUCAUUUAAGAGAAAUGACGUCCUACGGAGCCAAUACAACGAGUUCAUGGCAGAAUACCUGCGUAUGGGACACAUGAAAAAGCUUAACAAAGCUGAAUACGGCAAAGGAAAGUUCUACAUACCACAUCACGCAGUAAUAAGAGACGACAGCUUGACCACAAAGUUAAGGGUCGUGUUUGAUGCUUCUAGUAAGGAAAAGGGAUAUCUCAGUCUAAAUGAAAAUAUGUAUAAAGGUCCGCGCUUACAACAAGACAUAUCAGACAUUUUGUUACGCUGGAGAAAGCAUGAAGUGGCAUUUAUGGCGGACCUGGAGAAGAUGUAUCGGUUCAUAAAAAUUCACCAGUCAGACUUGAAAUAUCAGAGAAUACUAUGGAGAUGGUCCACAAGUGACCCAAUCGAGGAGUAUGCCUUGACCACAGUAACAUAUGGAACAGCCUCGGCACCAUAUUUAGCUGUCAGAACCCUGCAGCAAUUAGCACGUGAUGAACAAGAAAGCUAUCCAUUAGCAAGCAAAACAACACUACACGACUUUUAUGUGGAUGACAUUUUAUCAGGAGCAGAUAGUGAAGAAAAAGCCAAGAUAUUACAAGAUCAGUUGAUAAACAUGUUGAAUGCCGGAGGUUUUAACCUAAGAAAAUGGUCAUCGAAUAAUAUAGAGUUAUUAAAUAACAUCCCAGAAGGAAGUAGGAAAGACGACAUGAUAAAAUUACCACAACAUGAAACAAGAAAAUCACUAGGCGUGAUGUGGUCACCAGCAGAGGACAACUUCCACUUUCAAAUAAAAAUCACCAAUACCGAAAAAUUAACAAAACGAUUUCUCUUAUCUGAAAUUUCCAAAAUAUUUGACCCAAUGGGUUGGUUGGCGCCGAUCAUAAUAGGAAUGAAGUUACUAAUUCAAGAGCUGUGGUCAAAUGCAAUAGAUUGGGACACACCCGUAGACGAAGCCAUAAAAAAGAGAUGGGAAGAGUUUUAUACACAAAUCAAAACGAUUGAAACAAUUCGCAUACCCCGAUGGAUAAAACAUAAAACCACAACAAUCGAGUUACACGGAUUUUGCGAUGCGUCAGAAAAAGCUUACGGAACGGUGAUAUACAGCCGAAUUAAGAUGAACGGCCAGUAUUAUGUUUCUUUGUUACAAGCGAAAUCCAAAGUGGCCCCAAAAAAGACUAAAAGCACACUGCCCCGACUAGAGCUUUGUGCAGCACAUCUAUUAUCCAAACUAAUAAUAAAGGUGAAGGACGGCCUAGAUUGUGAAAACGUAACAAUCCAUUGUUAUACAGAUUCCAUGAUCACUAUCGGCUGGAUCAAAGGUGAAGCAGGAAAAUGGCAAACCUUUGUCGCGAACAGAGUAUCAGAGAUUCAGAGAAGUACGUCAAGUGAAUGUUGGAAUCAUGUGAAAACCACAGACAACCCAGCAGAUGUACUGUCAAGAGGAAUAGAACCACGCAAGUUAGAACAUCAUGAGCUAUGGUGGAAAGGGCCCAGCUGGCUUCAAAAUGAGGAGAUACCACAUACCAAGACCAUAAUAGAGAAAUGCCAAGAAGUUAAAAAUAACCACGUUACGAUUACAGAAGACAAGAAAGAAAAGAAAAUAUGGGAAAGAUUUUCACGGUUUCAACGCAUGAUACGGGUUCUGUCGUUUUGCUACAGAAUAACACAAAAAGAACAAAAAGGGAACAUGUUAACGUACGUUGAAAUACAACAAACAACAGGCAAAAUCCUUAAACUAGUACAACAGGAAGCCUUUGCUGAAGAAUAUGAGGCAUUAAAAAACAAUAAACCAGUCACGAAGAAAAGUAAACUGCUGUGUUUGGAUCCAUUCAUAGGAGACGAUGGGUUAGUAAGGGUGGGUGGACGACUACACCACUCACAGUUGCCAUACAGUCAAAAGCAUCCAAUUGUUCUACCGCACCACCACCACGUAUCCAGAAUGCUAAUUAAUGAAGCACAUCUUCAAACGUUGCACGGUGGGAACAAGUUGACAAUGGCAGUCGUAAGGCAGAAGUAUUGGAUUUUGGGAUUAAAAAGAAUGACAAAAUCUAGCAUCCGCAACUGUGUUAAAUGCAUACGGUAUAAGGCAGCCACGGCAUCACAGAAGAUGGGACAGUUACCAGAACCCAGAGUAACUCCGUCUCAAACCUUCAGCCAUACUGGUGUCGACAUGGCAGGACCAAUACAAGUAAGGACUACGAAAGGCAGAGGGAAUAAAGCUACAAAAGGCUAUAUCGCAGUAUUUGUCUGCCUUGCAACAAAAGCCAUACACCUAGAACUGGUAGGAGAUUUAUCCACAGAAUCAUUCAUUGCUGCGUUGAUCAGAUUUAAAGCAAGACGUGGCCACAUAUCACAUAUAUACAGCGACAACGGAAGAAAUUUCGUAGGUGCAGCAAGGAUGCUACACACGCAACUAUUAGAAAUCAUGCAAUCACCGCACGUCCAAAAUGCCGUAACUACGAUGGGAACACAAUGGCAUUUCAACCCACCCCUCGCACCUCACUUUGGUGGGAUUUGGGAGGCAGGAGUCAAAGCAAUGAAGUAUCAUUUGAAGAGAGUAAUAGGAGAGUCAACAUUAACAUACGAAGAAUUAUCCACGCUCUUGAGCCAGGUAGAGAGCUGUCUGAACUCAAGACCCCUUUGCGCACAAAGUGAUAACAUCAAUGACAACACCGUAUUAACACCAAGCCAUUUUCUCAUUGGAAGAGAGGCAGUGGGCAUCCCUGAUCCAAUAAAUGAUGUUAGCACAAACCUUCAACAGCGAUGGAAAUUGAUUCAAAAAAUGAAAAAAGAUUUCUGGAAAACAUGGAGUAGAGACUAUUUACAUCAACUACAGCAGAGGUAUAAGUGGCAACUAGAUCAAGGAAAUAUUAACAAAGGAACCGUGGUUCUAAUAAAAGACGAAAACGUUACACCGAGUCAAUGGCCAUUAGCAAAAGUGAUAGAAACACACCCAGGAGCUGACGGGAAAACAAGAGUGUUAACAUUACAAAAAGCACCUGGAAAUUGUUUAAAAAGGGCAAUCCAUAAAGUAAUUCCACUACCCAACAACAAGGAAGAUAUAACAGAGACUCAACAGGUCGUCGUCAACAGCAAUGUAGCACAACUAACACCAGUCAAUGCUACAUCAGAUCAAUCAAACAGAACCGUUACAAAAGAAUCACGAAGACAAAGCAACAAACGCACAGCACACUACAUAGAUGAGGUUAUAGAACACUACGCCAGACUUCAAGAAGCAUAUUUACAUCAAGGAACGAUCUAUGAUGUACUACAACUUAAAGAAGUUAACCAAAUUCUGACAAACGCCAAUAGCAAGCUACCAACGAAGCUAAGAAUAGUGCAAAAUCAACUAAUAGAUACGAAGGUCCUGGUACACAUCCGUUCCUGCACAACCAGUCCGCAGUCUGCUCCGCUGCCCGCCGCCCCCGCCAGGUCGGCUCCACCGAAACCCAAGCGCCACAAAACAAACCCGACGAACAACAGCAGCCAGUUUGAAGAAAUAGAGUUACGUCCGAUACAGCCGCUGUAA